ACCUUACGAACUGCCGCAUUUGUACAGUUAUGAAAGCGGAAUAGUGUCCACGACCACAAGACGUAGCAUUUCACCCUCCCAACGGCGAAACCACACAGAAAUCCACCAGCUCCCAUGACAUAGACCGACCACCGGACGGUACCAAACAUGGGCACGCGGCAUCGCUCCCUCAGCGGGCAGUUCAUCGACCCGGAAAAGGCGCGCAAGUCAUUCGACUCGGCAAUAUCAGACGAUGAAUACAACAACACCAGCAGCAGCGCGCCGAUGCUGUCGCAACCCCAACACAGACCCACAUACGCGUACCAUCUGCCCCGGAGGCGCUUCAGCCGCUACUUUACCCUUGCGCUGACCACCAUCCUGGCGUUGUUCAUUUGGUGGCUCGUAAGCUCUUCAUACGCCUCGAGAGCAGAGGUGAAACUCGGCUUGAAGAAGCCUCCGCCGCCGCCUGCAUGGGAGUCGUUUCCAUUCUUGAAGCGCUACCAUGGGGGGAUCAGGACGCUGGUAACGAAAAAAGAGAAUGAGGCGUUGAAAGAGUACCCCGUGCCAGAGGGAGAGGAGCUGAAGAGGCUCCAGGAAGCUGCGUUGAAGCAGAAAGAGAUGGAGGACCAGGAGGCUGCGCGGCAGAGGGGAUUCAAUAAGAGAGACAUUAAGCCGGGGAGACGGUUUGAUCCAUACUCAAGGGCUGUGGGCAGAGGUAUCUACGAGGAGCCUGUUCAGUGUUAUCUGGAUAACACUACCAGGUCGACUGUGCCGCUGCUUUUGGCCUAUGAGGGCGUUCCUAAAGGGUUCCCCGACCCUGUAUACGGGAGUCAUGAACUGCUAGGUUUGAAGGACGACAUGUGCUUCGAGAGAUAUGGACGACUAGGCCCGUACGGUUAUGGCUAUAGCAAGAAGUUUGGAGGCACCGGCGCGGGAAUGGAAGGCGAAAGGGAAGGCUCAGAACAGGUGUGGGGUGAUGACUUGGAAAUUGACUACAGAACUGUCAAGUGGGCCGAAGUGCAGGAACGGUGUUUGCUGGCAAACGCACAUCGCUUUCGGCCUGCGCCAAAGAGCCAAAAGGAUGCUUUCACUUCCAUGGCUGCAGCUGGCGUCACCAAGAGAGAUGAGCCGGAGGUGAAGGAACAGCCAGCAGAAUUGUUGACCGUCAAUGGCAAGCACUUUGAGAACCGCACUGCCGUCUUGAUCAGAACGUGGUGGGACUACCAGUAUGACGAGGAAGAUCUAUUCUACCUACGCGCACUAGUCAAUGAACUGGCCAUACAGACUGGAGGCGAAUAUGUCGUGCACUUUCUGAUCCACGUGAAAGACGACAAUAUGCAAAUAUGGGCCGACGAAGAGACCUACCAGCGAGUCCUGAAUGACGCAUUGCCAGCCGAGUUUCAUGGCAUGGGUACGCUCUGGUCAGAACGUCAGAUGGGUCUCAUCUACGGCGGCCUGGAAGAGUCAUUCUAUCGUGAUCUUCCAGUUCAUGGAGCCUACCGAAGCACGUACAUGCCAGUACAGUACUUUGCCCACAUGCACCCUGAAUACGACUUCUUCUGGCACUGGGAGAUGGAUAUUCGCUAUACUGGAAACUUCUUCCACCUCUUCACACAAGUCUCUCAAUGGGCCAAACAGCAACCUCGUAAAGGACUAUGGGAACGAAACGGCCGCUUCUACAUCCCGUCUGAACACGGCAGCUGGGAAGACUUCCGACAAAUGGUCCGGGUACAGACCGAGCACGGCACAGCUCAUGGCAGUAACGCCUAUAACAAGGCCCCUACGGACGCAGCCAAAGCUCACCCGCUCGACACAGCAGCCCGACAACCCGAAAUUCCUGUCUGGGGCCCUCUCCCUCCCGACUCGGAGACCACCUUGACAGACCGGCCCGAAAACGAUCCCAAACCACCCACCACGUACGCCGAAGACAAAUACGAAUGGGGCGUCGGCGAAGAGGCCGAUCUCAUCACCUUCAACCCCCUUUUCGACCCUCACCAAACCAACUGGAUCCUGGCAGAAGACACCACAGGCUACAACACCUCUGGAGGUCAGAACCAACCUCCUCGCCGAACCGCCAUUAUUACCGCUUCACGUCUCAGCCACCGUCUCCUCGAAACCAUGCAUCGCGAAACCUCCCUCCAACGCCAUAGCAUGUUCUCCGAAAUGUUCCCGGGCUCCAUCGCCCUCCACCACGGCUACAAAGCCGUCUACGCCCCGCAUCCCGUCUACAUUGACCGUGCCUGGCCGACGUCUUACCUCGCAGCCAUCUUCAACAACGGGCGCAACGGCGCGGCGGGAGGCGCUCGCACCAGUGUGUUUAGCGAUGAACGUCAGAGCAAUUUCUUGGGGACCAGUUGGUAUUACCAUGCGGGAUUUUCCCCGAAUUUGUGGAAGAGGUGGUUGGGAUUCAAAGUCGAUGGCGAUGGUGGUGAAGAAUGGGAAUUGGUGAAUGAGGGGAGAAUGUGUGUGCCGGCCAUGUUGUUGCAUCCGGUCAAGGAUGUGAAGUUGGUGAUUGAGCAUCGGGAGGGGGAGUAAGAUAGUUUUACUCAGGUACAGACAUGAGGGGGGAUGGUGUCAGUUGUUAAUGAUGUUGUCAAAACAGAGCUUAUUAGGUAGGUAGGUAUAGUUUCUGGGGGUUGUUUUUAUCUUCACAGAGAACGAGAAUGAGAUAUUUGAUGUUUGACAUGCACAGAGAGAGAGAGAGAUAAGGAAGAAGAGAGGAGAAAUAGUAGCACGUAGAUGCG